AUGGAUAGUGAUCUUGAUCCUGAUACUACUGACGAUGAUCGUGAUGAUCGUGGUCAUGGUGGUUUUCGACCAGGUGCUGGUAGAAAACGAAAACAAUCAGCAGCAUCUAUUCAAAAUAUGUCACAGAAAAGACGUGAAGGAGCUGCACAAAGACAAGCUAUGUCUAGAUAUAGAUCUAAAUUAACACAAUGGAUAGAUGAAUUAAAAUGGUCACGUUAA